UUGCUCACCCGUACAAGUUACAAUUUUACAGAUGUUAAAUUCGUAAACUACAUUAUUAAAGUUGUUAAAACUUAAAUUUAUUAUACGUUAUUAUUAUUAUAUUAACUUUUAAUAAAAUUUAUUACAGUGUGUUCUUUAAAUCAAAUAUUUAAUAUUUUUAAAGAGAUUUAAAUCUAAAAACCAUGGCUUACUUUUUUUUCUUAUCCAGAGAAUUUUUACUUUUAUGGUGUAUGUUUACUACGGCUUUUAGUGGUCCGUCUACACCAGUAGUUACUAGAAAAUUAAUGGAUGAAAUUUAUACAACUGUUAGGCCAAUUAAAACGAUUGUUGAAUUGAAUACGUACAGACCAUUAUCGUUGCAAAUAGCUGGUAAUAUUAAAACGACUAGUGUUGAAACAACGACCACUACUACUACAACAACAGCAAAAACAACAAUAAGAACUACGACUACUCCCAGAACAUUUGAUGGUAAUGAACCACUUUAUCGAUUAGAUGGAUCUAAUGGACAAGCUUGUAUUCUUUUACAAGUUGAUGCACUUAUUACUGUUAAAUUUCGCACGAAACUUGGUGAAGAACAAGAAGCUAAUAUAUAUGUUCCCAAAGAUGCUACUGUUACAGGAAAUUGUGAUAGUGAAAACUUUGUUACAAUGUCGCUUAAAUGGAAAGCUUUUGUCUUAUCUUGGAGUUUUGCUAAAACACCCGGUGGUGAAAGAUGGUACGUUGAUAAAAUUGAGUUGACUUAUAAUUCUAGUGAUCGCCAUUUCCAACAUAUUGAUCAGCCAAAUAAAACAAUUAGACUUAGCACUGGACAAAAACAUAGUCCAACUCUUUUCCCAACACCAGUUGGAAAGUCAUAUGUUUGUGAGGAAGAAGUUAGCAUUCCCUUAAGUGAUGGUAAAAAUAAUGCUGUUCUUUUAUUAAGAGAUAUGAAAUUGCAGCCAUUUAAAUUCAAAAAUAACGAGUUUGCUGCUGAAUUUUCAUGUAAACUGUUAAGUGCACGUGCUGGUAGAGAUGAAACUGCACCAGUAGCUGUUGGGUCAACUCUUGCUGCUGCUGUACUUUUAACUAUUACAGGUUACGCUGGAUGGCGAUAUUUUAAGGUGAAAAAAGUUAAAUAUGAUACAAUGGAGUAAGAUAAUAUAUUUACUUAUAUAACUAGAUUUAAAAGAAAAAAUAUGAAUCAUACAUAUGAAAUCUAAUUGUAUCCCUAUAACUGUUACGGCUUUCAUUGUUAAACAAUAUAUUGCUGACAUAUCGAUAGUUUUUACACAUUUUAUUCAUAAAUUCAAAUCAUAAUAAGCGAACAAAAAUAUUUUAAUCUUUAAAUGUAUGCAGCUUUAUUAAUAAUAUAAAGAUAUAUAAAUAUUAUUUUUAAAAUUGAUGAUGCUAAUUUAAGUUACCCAUUAAAUUUCAUUAUGCUUCCGAUUAAGUACCUACACUGUAAAAAAAUUGCGAAGUGAAUAUGGAUUAAAUCCAGGGUGAAUGAUUUUUUCAUUUAUUUAAAUCAGUCAAAGUGAAGUACACUCCGCAGGAGAGUUUAUAUUAUUGUAAUAUUGAAACUCACGAUCGGAGUGGAUGCGUAUUGAGAUAAAAUCUAUGUUACUCUGAAAUUAUUCCGCUGAAUAAAAACCCAUUAUUUACUACAUAUGAGGAAUGAUUUUCUUUUAAACUCAGGAACUGUGAGUAGUGGAGAGAAUUCGGAUUGAAAUAAAAUUUGUGUUCAUUCAUAAUUUUUUACAGUCCUGAUGAAAAAAGAUUUUAUACAAUUGUAUAAAAUUAUAUAUAAAUUGGAUAGAAAAAAUGGCCCGAUCCAAUUGUAUACAAUCGUACAUAAUUCUAUCUAAUUGUAUACACGGAAAGAAUUUUCGUAUGAAUAUUGCCAUGUUAUUUAUUCUAAAAAUUACUCUAAAUCGAGUAAUCUUGGGCCAUUACGACUUUUUACUUUCGAAUUACGAAAUUUUACUCUUUCAGUGAGUAAAAUUCAAUCAGAUUAAUUUUUACUCACAAUUACAAGUAAAAAUUACACCUAGCGGCUGUCUAAAUAAAUUCUCUCUAAUUCAAUUUUUACUCGUAGGUUAUGAUAAAAAGUCGAUCAUUCAAUUUAUAAAAUUUAUAUUGAAUUACAAUAAAAAUUACAAUUAAUAGGCUGAAAUUUUCAUAAAAAAUCUAAAAACCAUCUAAUUGCCUUAGAAUAUGACUUAAAAUAAGUAUUUUGAAAAAUAAUAAAAAAAAAAAUUAUUCUUAUUGUGUUGAAAAAGAAAAGAUACAAAAUUUUUUUUAAUUUCAAAAUAAAUAUUAAGUUAUAGAGAGAUACAGAGAUCGUCUUUAUUUCCAAGCCUACGUUUGUGUGCGUAACAUGUAAGUUGUCGCGAGUAAAAUAAAAGACAUUUAAUUGAAGCCGAUAUUAACCGAAGAUUAACAGAGACUACUGAAAUAUUUUACUCUGCAGUUUAGAGUAAAAAUUACUUACAAUCGACGACAUUAAUUCGUCCCGGAUUGUGUUGCCCUCGGCUUGAUGAACUUUUCUAUUUUAGGACAUCUCUUUCGCAACAUCUCUAAUAAAAAAUAUUUAAAUAAAAGAUACUUCUAGUAUAAAAGUAAUCUUUUUUCUGAGAAAUGCAUUCUAAAUUUAAUAUCUAGAGGAUAAUCUCUAUAAUAA